CUGUCAGACAAGCGUGCAUGGUGAUAACACACACGCUUUGAGGUUAUAUCUCAAACACGCUUUAUUUUGCGACACUUUAUUUGUAAAUAAUGUCGUUCCGCGGUAGAGGUGGUGGCGGCGGCGGUCGAGGUGGUUACGGUGGCGGCGGCGGCGGCGGAGGAGGUCGAGGUUUCGGCGGACGGGGAGGCGGCGGCGGCCGAGGCGGCUUCGGCGGUCGCGGCGGUGGCCGGGGCGGACGAGGAGGCGGCGGCGGUGGCUUCAGACAGCAGGACCAAGGCCCUCCAGAGUCCGUCAUCCCCCUCGGACACUACGGCUGGACAGUACAAGACGACUUAGUGUGCAAGGUGGACAUAGAAGAUGUACCAUACUUCAACGCGCCCAUCUUCCUCGAAAACAAGGAACAGAUCGGUAAAAUUGACGAGAUAUUUGGCAACCUCCGUGACUACUUUGUGUCGGUUAAGAUGAGUGAUAACUUCAAAGCUAACAGUUUUAAAGAUGGACAGCAGUUUUACAUUGAUCCUGCAAAGUUGUUGCCUCUGAAGAGGUUCUUGCCACAGCCGCCUGGUGCGAAGAGGGGUGGCGGUCGCGGAGGCGGACGGGGAGGUCCUCGUGGUGGUCGUGGCGGCGGUGGGUUCGGCCGUGGUGGUGGUGGCGGCCGGGGCGGUGGUGGCGGCUUCGGUCGCGGCGGAGGCGGCCGCGGAGGCUUCGGCCGGGGUGGCGGUGGCGGCUACGGAGGCGGCGGCGGCUUCAACCGAGGAGGUGGCUUCAGAGGUGGACGAGGAGGCCGAUAGCCUUGUGGUGGUUAGACAAUGGAUAUGUGCAUUUAGAAAUAAGGACCUUAUGUUGUCUAUUGUUAAGGUUGACCUGUAAAGGAAUGUAUGAAAAAGAUGAGUAUAACUUGGUGGAUAUAUCUGUUAAUGUUUGAUUAAGCUGGCACUACUUUGACCUCAGUAAUGUGCAGCAAGAUAUCAGCAGCUUCCAGUCUUUUGUAAUGUGUGAUGUAUAAAAAAAUGUGGGAUACAAGAUAUCCCAACAAAAAGUAAUAAUAGUAAGCUUGUAAGUGCUGUUUUUCUUCAUACCCAACAGAAUACCUCUUAAAAGAUAUGUGCGUGCCUUGUUUGUAAGGUUUAGAAAUAAGUUCCAAAUGUUAUAACUUGAAUAUGAUUUCAAACAGCAGCUUAGAGGAUAUAAACAUUAGAACUAUUGAUAAAUAUAGAAUCCACAUUCAUAAAAAAUUCACUAAGCAAUAAUACUUUAUACAAUGCAGAAUUAUAACUAUUGUUAUUACUUGACAGACAGAAAAACCUUGAAUAAAAGCAAUGUAUAAAAUUAAAGUUAAUUAAAAAUAAAAGGUAUAUUUUAAGA